UGUGUCGCUCCUGCAGAGAAGGAGCAGCUGAAGGUCAGCUGCAGGAACAUCUGUAUCGAUCAUCAUCGAUCAUCAUCGAUCAUCAUCGAUCAUCAGCUGCACGAAGACAAGCGCGUGGCGUGAGACAGCAGGACGGAGCGACAGACAGAUCAGCUGCUACAUCCCUGUCUGUCUGAUCCUCCCUCACCUGUCUCCUCCUUGCCUCUCUCUCUCUCUCUCUCCCUCUCUCCUCCCUCCCUGUCUCUCCCUCUCUCUUCUCCCUGUCUCUCUCUCCUGCCUGUUUCUCCUCCACCACCUGUCUGUCUGCAGUGAUGGGGAACCGGGGGAUGGAGGAGCUCAUUCCUCUGGUCAACAGACUCCAGGAUUCCUUCUCGUCCAUCGGUCAGAACGCGACUCUCGAUCUUCCGCAGAUCGGAGUCGUUGGAGGACAAAGUGCAGGAAAGAGCUCAGUGCUGGAGAACUUUGUGGGCAAAGACUUCCUACCUCGUGGUUCCGGUAUUGUGACCCGGCGCCCCCUGGUGCUGCAGCUCAUCAACUGUCCGACAGAGUAUGCUGAGUUCCUGCACUGCAAAGGAAAGAAGUUCACAGACUUUGAUGAAGUUCGUCAAGAGAUCGAAGCUGAAACUGAUCGAGUGACAGGACACAACAAAGGAAUCAGUCCAGUCCCCAUCAACCUGAGAGUCUACUCCCCCAACGUGUUGAACCUGACUCUGGUAGAUCUUCCCGGGAUGACGAAGGUCCCGGUUGGGGACCAGCCGGCUGACAUUGAGCACCAGAUCAGAGAAAUGCUCAUGCAGUUUGUCACUAAAGACAACUGCCUUCUAUUGGCUGUUUCUCCCGCCAACUCUGAUCUCGCCAACUCUGACGCGCUAAAGAUCGCCAAGGAGGUCGACCCGCAAGGUCUCAGGACCAUCGGUGUCAUCACCAAACUGGAUCUGAUGGAUGAAGGAACCGAUGCCAGAGAUAUUCUGGAGAACAAACUGCUGCCGCUCCGCAGAGGUUACGUUGGGGUUGUCAAUCGCAGUCAGAAGGACAUCGAUGGGAAGAAAGACAUUGUUGCAGCACUGCAGGCUGAGAGGAAGUUCUUCCUGUCUCACCCGUCCUAUCGACACCUGGCUGAUCGUAUGGGCACCGCCUACCUUCAGAAAAUCCUCAACCAGCAACUGACCAACCACAUCAGGGACACAUUGCCAGGGUUACGCAGCAAACUGCAGAGUCAGCUGUUGUCCAUCGAGAAGGAAGUGGACGAGUACAAGAACUUCAGACCCGAUGACCCGAGCCGCAAGACCAAGGCCCUGCUGCAGAUGGUACUGCAGUUUGCGGUGGACUUUGAGAAGCGGAUCGAAGGAUCUGGAGAUCAGGUCGACACCUACGAACUGUCAGGAGGAGCUAAGAUCAACCGAGUGUUUCAUGAACGCUUCCCAUUCGAACUGGUCAAGUUGGAGGGUGAUGAGAAGACUCUCCGUAAAGAGAUCAGCUACGCCAUCAAGAACAUCCAUGGAAUCAGGACGGGUCUGUUCACACCUGACAUGGCGUUUGAGACGAUUGUGAAGCGUCAGAUCGCUCAGAUCAAAGAGCCGUGUCAGAAAUGUGUCGACAUGGUGAUUAGUGAACUGGUGAACACGGUCAGGCAGUGUACACAGAAGUUGGCUCAGUAUCCGAUGCUCAGAGAGGAGAUGGAGAAAAUCGUCACUCAACACAUCAGAGACCGAGAGAGUCGCACUAAAGACCAGGUGUUGCUGCUCAUCGACAUCGAGUUGGCGUACAUGAACACAAACCACGAAGAUUUCAUCGGCUUUGCAAAUGCUCAACAGAAGAGCAGCCAGAUGAACAAGAAGAAAGCUGCAGGAAACCAGGACGAGAUCAUGGUGAUCCGUAAAGGUUGGCUCACCAUCAACAACAUCAGCAUCAUGAAGGGCGGAGCUAAAGAGUACUGGUUCGUCCUGACGGCCGAGACGCUGUCGUGGUACAAAGACGAUGAGGAGAAGGAGAAGAAGUACAUGCUGCCUGUGGACAACCUGAAACUGAAAGACAUCGAGAAAAGCUUUAUGUCCAGCAAACACAUCUUUGCUCUGUUCAACACUGAACACAGGAACGUGUAUAAAGAUUAUCGUCAGCUGGAACUGGCCAGUGAGUCUCAGGAGGAGGUGGACAGCUGGAAGGCUUCUUUCCUAAGAGCUGGAGUGUACCCUGAACGCAGCGUGGACAAAGAAAAGGUGGAGGUGGAGGAGUUGAGCAGCGACGGACAGAUCCACAGUCUGGACCCUCAGCUGGAGCGACAGGUGGAGAUCGUCAGGAACCUGGUGGACUCAUACCUGUCAAUCAUCCACCGCACCGUCAGAGACCUGAUCCCCAAGACCAUCAUGCACCUGAUGGUUAACAAU